AUGUUUUUCAUUAAAAAGUUAACCCACACUAUCCAACUUCAUCCUUCUUAUUUUACUCAAAAUUAUCAAAAUUUUCUUGCCGAGAAAUUAUAUUCAGAUGUUGAAGGCACUUGUACCGGAAGAUAUGGUUAUAUCAUAGCUGUAUUGGAUACUAUGGAAUCAUUAGAUAUUUCAAAAGGGAAAGUUAUACCUUCAGUUGGGUUAGCCGAAUUUGAAGUAAAAUAUAGAGCUGUUGUAUUCAAACCUUUUAAAGGGGAAGUUGUUGAUGGUGUCGUAACUCAAAUGGGAUUUUUCGCUGAAGUUGGACCAUUACAAGUAUUUGUUUCUAGUCAUUUGAUCCCUUCGGAUCUUAGCUUUGAUGCAGCUCGUCAAGCUUAUGUGGGUUACACAUCCGACGAAAUUGUUUCAAUUGAAAAAGGAAGUCAUGUCAGGAUAAAAAUUGUUGGGACAAGAUUUGAUGCUACUGAUAUUUUUGCGAUUGGAACUAUUAAAGAUGAUUAUUGUGGAGUUCAAACUUAA